UAUUUGACGGUAAAGCACAAUGUACAGAGUGGAGUGAAGGCCUCUUGUAUUGUUGAGAGAAUCUUUCCACCCCUUUUUUGUGAGGCUCUAUGUCUGGCAAUUCUUCUUGUAUCUGUUACUAAUGAGACUGACAUCAAUCCUAAAUGGAAUGAUUGCCUAGUGUCUGGAAAUGCUAAAUAAUCUGUCUAUACCAUGGCCCUUCAUCUGUAAAGGGUUUUGUGGAGAACCCGAUUUCCUCAAGGCGUCAUCAAGUUUAAUAGUUGUGAGCGUUUAAAUGGGAGUAUGAGUUCGAGACUUUUUCUUAGGUCACAUUUGGCAUGCCUUAAAUUUUCGUUUUAUGUUUAUUAUUCAUGAAAUAUGGACUUUUUUGGGCAACGUAUCCAGAAGUAACUGUUCACUCAUCUCCAGAGAACGGAAGUAGGCCUGUUCGGAAACCUGUGGUCUUCCGACGUAAACGACAUAGCAGUCAUGAUGUUGACUCUACUGAUAUCAGUCCUACUUUGUAUACUCCAGAAGAAAGGGGCAAUUCUGGUGAUGUGUUAACGGAAUGCUUGGAUGAAAUUCCAGAGGACGGAACCGACGGAUUGGCCAGAGUGGUUUCGUUGUUAGGCUUGGAGUUAGAAAAGGUUAAAACCAAAAUGAUGUCAGUGACAAACAAAAAAUGCUCAGAAAUACUGGUGUCUGCUGCCGAAGAAAUUCAUUCACAGCUGCAGAAUGUUGAGUCUCAGAUUCAGACAGAUUUAGUGAAACUAACAAGCCUCAAGACAUCUAAAAGGAAACAUCUGGAGACAAGGCUUGAAGGUCUACACUCCGAGGAUUGCGCCUUAUGCGAGGAAUUUGAUGUGGUUCGUGAGCAAUGGGCUAAGUUUUUUACCAACAAGUAUUUAUUAUUGGCUUUAGCGCGCUUGAUCGAGUUGGUUUAGUUGUUAUAGAAUAAAUUUUAUAUUAAAAUGUAUGUUUAUGUUGAAAUUGGAACAUAUAUUUAAAUGUAAUAUGUGCACUUUGG